GACAAGCGGCCAUUGGUUUGUUUUCAUCAGCAUCAUCAAUUCAUCAUCGUCAUCUAUCCAUCUCCAACAUUCCACAGAACCCUAACUAUCAAAAUUCCCUCAAAAUUUAAAUAAAAGGAAAAUCCGCUAAUCCGUUUUUCCAUGGCAUAAAAAUUAAAAGGCCCUUUGAAAUCCACUUAUUUUUUUAAAUUUAUAUUAGAAUCAUUCUAGGAAUUUCGUGAGAGUUCCCAAAGAUGGCUUCGACAACUCCAACGAACCGAUCCUCCUCCGAUGACAUCAUCGACACGACGCCGUUUCUCUCAUCAUCAAGCAGCGUGUCACGGGACGAGUCCACCGCGCGUCGAACGGUGCGUCGCCAAAGCCUUCGUGAAGCGGCGCGGUUCCUGCGCCGAGCUAGCAGCCGAAGAAUGAUGCGCGAGCCGUCUAUGCUGGUUCGAGAAACCGCCGCCGAGCAGCUCGAGGAGCGCCAGAGCGAUUGGGCGUAUUCGAAGCCCGUGGUGAUCCUCGAUAUUAUCUGGAAUUUCGCGUUCGUGGCGGUGGCGGUUGGGGUUUUGGUUUGGAGUAGGGUCGAGAGGCCCAAUAUGCCGUUGAGGCUGUGGAUAAUUGGGUACGCUUUGCAGUGUUUGUUGCACAUGGUUUGCGUUUGUGUGGAGUAUAGGCGGCGGCGGAGGCGGCAGAGCCUGGAGCACAGACCAUUUAACGCCGGUGAGGAAGGGGUUUUGAGUCCUGGAUCGAGGGCGGAUUCAGAGCAAUACGUGACAUUGGCCCAGUUGGAAGAGGAUGGUGGAAGUAGUGUUGCAAAGCACCUGGAAUCUGCAAAUACGAUGUUUUCAUUCAUCUGGUGGAUCAUUGGAUUCUACUGGGUAUCGGUAGGUGGCCAAGCAUUGGCACGUGGCUCCCCUCAGCUGUACUGGCUUUGUAUAAUUUUUCUUGGAUUUGAUGUGUUCUUUGUUGUCUUCUGUGUUGCACUGGCAUGCAUCAUUGGCAUUGCUGUUUGCUGCUGUCUUCCAUGUAUUAUUGCAAUCCUAUAUGCUGUGGCAGAUCAGCAGGAAGGAGCAUCCAAGGAAGACAUUGAUCAGUUGUCAAAAUUCAAAUAUCGAAAAACUGGCAAUGAUGAGAAGAUUGCUGGUGAUGCUGAAGGACCUGUUGGGGGAAUAAUGACUGAAUGUGGUACUGAUUCCCCCAUGGAACAUGUGCUUUCACAGGAUGAUGCAGAAUGUUGCAUCUGCCUUUCUCCUUAUGAUGACGGAGUUGAGCUAAGGGAACUUCCUUGUGGUCACCAUUUUCACUGUGCAUGUGUAGAUAAGUGGCUGUACAUCAAUGCAACCUGUCCUCUCUGCAAGUAUAACAUUUUAAAGAGUAGUAGCCAUGAGGAAGUGUAGAAGAACGGAAAUAAUUAUUUGUGGUCACAUCUGCGGCCUCUGCAUAUUAUUUUGGCUGAGAGAAUUAUGAUGCAGAGCAUCAGCAUGUCGUGUAGACUUGAUACAGGCAAUUCUGUUGUUGUUCUUGUGGUUAUAGUUGUAGAUGUUGUCAUCAUAGUGCUGGCGACAGUCAUGAUGUGCUUGUUUUAGCUCUGGCCUUCAUGGAGUUGUUGUGUAUAUUAAUGUUUAUUGGGGCAUCUAAAGCACUAACUGAGUUGAAGAACUCGUUUGCUUCUGUUCACUUUGCUUUUUCUUCUGCUAGGAACAUGUCGGCGUCUAUGGUCUACCCUUGUUUAAGGUUUUCAUUCUGUAUUUUGAAUUUCAUUUGUAAAGUGUUUUAGGUGAAACCAUCUUGAACAAGUGCAAGAGGUGUUAUUUACCAAGUGCGUAAUGUUAAGAAAUGCUUCUGCCUGAA